GUGAUUCCAGAAAAACUUUUCUUUUACGUAAACAAAAGCGGUUAAACUAAACCGAUAUUAUUAUUUAUGUGUUUUAUAAUGUAUUGAGGUUCAGUAAUCUUAAUUAUUUCAUAAUUUUAUUUUGCGAUUAAAACGUAGAAGAAUAAUAUAACCUAUAACAAUGUUACGAAUACCGGUUCGAAGCAGAGUUGGACUUGAAAAGUCGCUGGUCCGGAUGAAGUCGUCGAGCAGCUUUAUACGAAGUACUUUCAUUGACUAUUUUGUCCACAAUCACGGCCACAAGCAUGUAAAAUCAAGCUCAGUAGUGCCCCUGUGCGACCCCUCGGUGCCCUUCGUAAAUGCUGGCAUGAAUCAGUUUAAAGGCGUGUUCCUCGGUCGAGUGGAGCCUCCAUGUCCUCGUGCUGUAAACUCGCAGAAGUGUGUCCGCGUCGGGGGCAAGCACAAUGAUCUUGAAGUUGUUGGCUCUGAUGGACACCAUCAUACUUUCUUUGAGAUGCUUGGCAACUGGUCGUUUGGGGACUAUCAUAAGAAAGAAGCAUGCAAAAUGGCAUGGGACCUGCUUCUAGGCCCGUACCGGUUCAAGCCUGAAGACCUAGUGGUGACAUACUUCGAAGGUGACCCUAUCCUCGGCAUCAUAGAGGACCGGGAGUGUAGGGACAUUUGGAAAUCACUGGGCGUGAAGUCCAGCAGACUCAAGGCGUUAGGCACAACAGAUAAUUUCUGGGAGAUGGGCGCCACUGGGCCCUGCGGACCUUGCACUGAGGUACACUACGUCAACAAGGACGGCAGCCUCACGGAGAUAUGGAAUAUUGUAUUUAUACAGUGCAACAGGGAAGCCGACGGGUCUGUGAAGCCACUUCGCAAGCACCAUGUUGAUACCGGCAUGGGUCUAGAGCGAACCACGGCUCUCAUACAAGGCGCCCCGUCCAACUACGAUACGGACUUAUUCCAGCCUCUGAUGAAGGCUAUUGCACAGAACAGCCCCGGCGCGCCUCACUACAAGGGCAAGUUCGGCGACGGCGCGCCACUAGACACCGCAUUCCGCCGCCUCACAGACCACGCGCGCAUGCUAGCAGUCUGCCUUGCUGACGGCGCAUUCCCUAACACCAACCUGAAUCUAAAGCAGAUAAUGCGUACAUCCCUCAAGAUCUCCACCGAUGUAUUCGGCAACCAUCGUCUAGUCCGCAUUUUAUACGACGAAGUGGCUGACACUCUUGGGGACGCCUACCCAGAGUUACACGCGAGAGCUAAGGACGCCAAGCUGAUCAUAGAGCAUGAGGAGCAGGCUUACAAGAGAUUGCGGGCAGAGCUGGUGAAGAAGUGGCGAGACCUGCUAUCGCAGCAUCCUGAAGUCGAGGCUAUGAGCGACGUGGAGAUGGCCGGCUUCCCAAGAGGAUAUAAAGAGUUCAAGGAGGUCAUGUCCAAGCAAAACUCCUCCGUAAUACCAGGCGAGCUAGUCUUCAAGCUAUACGACACCCACGGCUUCCAAGAAGACGUCAUAGAGCGGAUCGCCAAACUCAAUCACCUAACCAUAGACAAGCCGGCUUUCUGGAAACUUCUCCAACAACACAAGACGAGGCACAAGACCGCCAUACAAGAACAAACCGCCAGCCGAGCGCAGCUAUUCGAGAAAGCCAUAGAAACGCUACAAAAAGAUGACAUAACCUCAACUAACGACUCACAUAAAUACAAGUACUCAAUAAUAGACAGUGGAAUACAAUUUGAACCAUUGAAGACGAAGUUAGUAGCAAUUUUAAACGAAAAUGGCGAAUGGAUAGACUUUUUAGAACCAUCCGAAAACAUGCCUUACUAUCUAAUAACAAAAGACACUAAUUUCUACUGCGAGGAAGGCGGCCAAAUAGCAGACUCGGGACUUAUUCGUAUAAACGAUCAAGUGUUUUUAAAAGUGGAAAGUGUUUUUAAAAUUCGAGAUUUCGUGUUCCAUAAAGGCUGUUUCACAAUAACUGAACCUACAGACACUUACGUGAAUUCUAAUAGUGAAGUGUUACUAGAGUUAGAUAGUGAAAAACGUCUAAGUGUAAUGCGGAAUCAUACGGCAGUGCACUUAUUGAACGCGGCGCUUAGGAAAGUGCUGCCGGAUAGUGUGGUGUGUCAGACCGGGUCGAGUGUUACGGAUAAGGGGUUGUCUUUAAAUUUGUCGGUUUAUGGGCAGAGGCUGACGCAGGAUGUGAUGAUGAGAGCGCAGGAGUUGAUUCGUGAAUCAAUUCAAGCCAACACGCCAGUGGAAUCCCGGGUCAUAGACAGUCUUCAACUAAACGAGUCCAUUUUAACUGUUCCUGGCGAGAGCUACCCGGAAAGCGGCUUACGUGUAGUAGAAGCUGGAGCACCGUUGCCUUCUAAAGAGUUAUGUUGCGGCACACACGUGCCAUCUACGGGGCAUAUUGGCGAGCUGUGCGUGACGCUGGUGAAGGCGGCAGGCGGCACCUCGCCCAAUAUUCACGCAAUCACUGGCCCUAGAGCCACUGAGGCCCGCGAACUCUUCUGCAAAUCUCACCAACUCUUGAAAGUGUCCGAUCUCCUCGACCCCGAACACAGCAAGGAACAAAUAGCAGAAAUAAAACAGCGACUAUCCGAGCUAUGCGCCGGCAGCGGCGCGCCUUACGCGGAGUAUAGCCAGUGCCUUGACGCGCUGGACAGCGUACAGAAAACCGUCGCCACCAACGACCUCGCUUUACAUUCUGUAGUCGAAGAAGAAAUCCGUGACGCGACUGACGAAGCCACUCGCGACGGCCGACGAUUCGUCGUCCACUUCCUACGAUGUUCCUACAUCAUGGCGCCCACAGCUGCGACCGCUGCUCUGAGAAGUCACCGCGCCGGCAGCACACCGACAUUACUGCUGGGGUGCGCUCAGGGGGUCAUUACUGCUGUCUGUACAGUGCCCAAGGACAUCGCGUCUCACUCUUUCAAUGCCAAGCAGUGGAUAAGCAGUAUCCUGCCAGUAUUCAAGGCGGACUUGGUGCCGACGCCUGCUUUAGAAGCCAACAUUUACGCGGAGAUGACAGGCACUAAGAAUAUUUUACACUUUCGCAACCAGGAACCCGCGUGGCGAGCACUCGUGAACUUUGCACAGAUGCCGGAAAUCCGGUUGGGCGGGUUCUCGUCAUAA